UAAUAAUCGGCGCAUUUCGAUAGAUUCUGCACACUUGCACGCUGCGCUUGUUUGGUUUUGUUUAUACGUUUAUUUUUAUUAAAAAUGAGUAGCGAAGUAAAACGCGAAGACUUGAAACGUCGUGGUAGUGCAGAUAAAAGUGAUGAUGAGCCAGAGACAACUACACAGGAGCCAGAAGCAGAGGCAGAAGGCGAAGACGACGGUUGGAUUGGUCCCAUGCCGUCUGAACAAAGCGCUGCAGUGCCGGCUAAGAAAAAGAAAGUACUACCAUAUGAGAACAUCUAUCUGGAGAAUCUACCUAACGCCGAGAGCUAUGAGCGGAGCUACAUGCAUCGGGACGUCAUCACGCAUUUGGUGAGCACAAAAACUGAAUUUGUAAUCACAGCUAGCUUGGAUGGCCAUAUCAAGUUCUGGAAGAAGAUGGACUUGGGCAUUGACUUUGUGAAACACUUUCGCAGCCACUUGGUGCCCAUCAAGUCCCUGUCCACCAACAGUAGCGGUACAUUGCUCUGCUCUGCGGCAACCGACCAAACGGCUAAAGUUUUUGAUGUAAUCAACUUUGACAUGAUCAAUAUAAUACGUUUGGGUUACACGCCGCUUUGCAGCGAGUGGAUCAACUCACCUGGCGAUGCAGUGCAGGGACUCGCCAUCACCGACUCGGAGAGCAACAGCAUUCAUAUCUAUGAUGGCCAAAGUGGCGGUGACAUCUUACAUUCAUUAGACAAACUGCAUUCGGCCCCUGUGGUUGCCAUGUGCUUUAAUCUGGCCAUGGAAACUGUGAUUUCAGUCGAUCGUAACGGCAUCUUGGAGUACUGGCAGAAUUCAAAGCAUGAUUACAAAUUUCCACAACGCUUGGUUAACUUCGACUCCAAGCUGGACACAAGUCUCUUUGAGUUUGCCAAACACAAGACAAUGGUCACGGGCCUGGCUGCAACACCAGAUGGCAAACGCUUUGCGGCUAUUUCAACUGAUCGCAAGGUGCGUGUCUUCCAGUUCAAUACGGGCAAAUUGUUGCGUGUUUUCGAUGAAGCCUUGACCACUUACACGCAAAUGCAACAGACGCCACAUGCGCUACCUAACAUGGAGUUCGGCAGAAGAAUGGCUGCUGAACGGGACCUUGAGAAGACGGCUCAAAAUACAACCCUGAACAUACUCUUCGAUAGCACUGGUCACUUUUUACUCUAUCCCACUAUGCUGGGGAUCAAGGUAAUCAACGUAGCCACCAAUCGUUGUGUCACCAUUUUGGGCAAGACAGACAAUAUCCGCCCGCUGCAAGUGGCGCUAUUUCAGGGCCGCAUAAAGCGUCAAAAGGCGGCUAUAACGCUGGAGCAGGAAGCCAGCGAAAAUCCGGCGCUACAAAAUUUGCUCAACGAUCCGACAGCUUUUUGCACAGCCUUCAAAAAAAAUCGCUUUUACUUAUAUAGUAGGCGUCUGCCUUCGGAUCUACAAGAUGUAGAUCGGGAUAUAUUCAAUGAAAAGCCAUCGAAGGAAGACAUUAUUGCUGUGCCCGAGUCUCAAGUUAUACAACGUAUCUACGAGAAUGUAGUUCUGCAUACCACCAAGGGGGAUAUUCAUAUGAAACUCUUCUUUAAGGAGGUGCCAAAAACCGUGGAAAACUUUUGUGUACAUGCGAAGAAUGGCUACUACAAUGGACAUAUAUUCCAUCGAGUCAUCAAAGGAUUUAUGGUGCAGACUGGCGAUCCCACAGGCACCGGAACUGGAGGCAAGUCCAUCUGGGGCAGUGACUUUAAAGAUGAAUUUGUGCCGAGCUUAAAACACGAUCGGCCGUAUACCGUGAGCAUGGCAAAUGCUGGACCCAAUACAAAUGGCAGUCAGUUCUUUAUUACAGUGCUGCCUACGCCUUGGCUGGAUAACAAGCACACGGUGUUCGGCCGUGUCUUUCGUGGCAUGGAAGUGGUGCUGAAUAUAUGCAAUGCUAAAGCAAAUCCCAAAACAGAUAAACCCUACGAUGACAUUAAAAUAAUUUCUAUACAUUUAAGUAAUUGAAUGAAGAGUAGCGAAAUAAAACGGUUUUAUUAU